AUGAGUGCUUCUCAGCCCGCGCAGGCCCCCGCCGCGGCAGCAGCCCCUGCGAGCGGGAGCACGGCUGCUGCCCCUCCUGCAGCGCCAACGAGUACCAGUACUUCGGCAAACGCCGCGAGUGGCUCUAGUAGCGGGGAUCUGCGGCGCGUCAAGUCCGGAUUGUCGUGCGCAGAAUGCAGACGUUCAAAGCUCAAGUGUGACCGAUCCUUUCCGUGUCAGUCAUGCGUGAGGAGAGGCUGCGCGGCAAUAUGUCCAGACGGCACCCUCACCGCGACCAAGGGUAACAAGGUGUUGAUGGCACAUGCGGAGCGCUUGACGCAGCAAGUCAAGAGCAUGUCAAGUCGAAUAAAGGAACUCGAGGCUGCUCUGGCGAAUACUCAGAACGGCUCGCAGAUGCAUCCUCUUCUGCGGGACGCAGGUUCUCGUGACGACUUGGCCGUACUUGGAGAGCUGGAGAGUACAUUUGCGGCGGAGAUGGACGAGGUGUCGGAUACCAUCGGCUCUCUGUCCAUCUCGCAGGACGGGAAGACGAGGUAUCAUGGCGAAACCACUUCAUCUGAGUAUCUUCAAAGCCUCAUGGACGAGUCCGAACAUCCAGUCAGGCAUCUCAGCAAUCCCAAGUUCCUCGGCCUGCCACAUGAGGUCAUUGAUCUGGUCAAUGCCUUCCCAUUCGGUCUAAGAGAGCACCGGGCCACCGUUGCGAGCUUCAAGGCCUUCAUACCACCUCGAUCACGCACGCAGUUAGUAUCGGAGCAAUUCUACUCGAACGCAUCAUGGCUGUACGACCCCGUUCCCCGCGAGGAGUUCCACAGAUUGGUUGUUGAUCCUCUGUACAACGCCCUCGAAGGCUACACUCCCUUCGACUCGAUCUCCGCCCACCACCUCUCCAUCUUCUUCAUGGUCCUAGCCACCGGCCUCAUCUUUAGUCCCGGCCAAUCCGCUCCCAUACUCCAAGAGCAGUACCACGCCCUCGGCUGCGCAGCGUUCUCAAUGGACUCGAUCACUCGCGGCGCCUCAACAGCCACCGUCCAAGCGAUGAUCCUACUCAUCCACUACUCGUACUGGACCGACAGGACUGGCCACGAAUUGCGGUUCUUGUUGAAUGGUCUAUGUGUGCGUAUUGCGCAGAUGAUCGGCUUGCAACGGGAUAGCGCGGGGUGGAACUUGGAGAAGGAGGAGGUACAGCGUCGACGGAUGAGCUUUUGGGAGUUCUACAACUGGGAUGCGUGGUCGAGCGUUAUCACUGGCCGUCCACCAGUGCUCAACCUCACCCAAGCAGACUGCCGCUUCCCAGAAGACACAGAACCCGUCAUGAACUCCCAAGGCCAGCUCGAGCCAGGAUGGCACAAGUGGAAGUUCCUCUAUGCGGCGACGUGUCUUGCACCAUCACUGCAGCGCACUUUCCUCAUCCGCCAGUUACCGUACUCGACGUUACUCGAGCUCGACAAGCGGAUACGGACGUUCCCGCUACCUGAGCAUCUGCGACCGGGUCAAGAGAAUGGGCAGGGAUGGAGCUCGGAUCCGUUCAAGGCUAUGUCGCAGCAUUGCUCGACGUUACUCCGCGAAAGCAAUCUUCUGUACAUCCACCGCAGCUACUUCGCGCAAGCCAUCCGCGGCUCCAACGACCCUUUCAAACACAAAUACGCGCAGUCUGUGUAUGCUGCGUAUCAGGCGGUCCGUAAUCUGGUAUCGAGCCUGAAGGGCGUAUACGCCGUACAUCCUGCUCUUGUCAGCAGGUGUUGGUUCUUUUGGAGCGCGAUCUUCUCUUCCUGUGUGAUCCUCGGAGCCGUUGUCAUCGAAAGCCCGGCUUGCAAACUUGCCGAGCCCGCAAUGUCAGAUCUUGACAACGCGAUCGCCUUCUUCGAACUCGGCUCCGUAAACUGCAGAGGUCCUGCCACAUUGCCAAUGCUCCGCACGUUCCAGAAACGCGCCCGAGAGGCGCUCACCGAAGCGCGUCUCCAGAUCCAAGCGGGCCAGAUCGUCACCACGCCACCGAAAGAGCGAAGCGCGCAAGAUAGCCCCGACGAGCUCGAGAUCCUCGGUGGUCGGAAGAGUAUUAUCAACCAGGGCAACACGAGCAUGCGUCCGACCUCCAGGACACGACCGACUAUCGAGACGCAAUACAACAGCGGCACCCUCCAUCCACCUGUUCAGGAUAGCGGGUACCAUUCCUCGCCUUCGCCCCCGGCUAUGUCGACUACAUCUUCCUCUUCCGGAGGUGCGGGGCCGUAUUACCCCGGCGCUCAAGGCGAGAUAUCGCUUCAGCCUCCGCAGUACAACAUGAACUGGAUGGCCGGGCCAGACGUAUCACCCGUCAACAAUCAGGUCUCGCACGCGAGUAUGCUACCUGGGCCGCCGUACGGACAGAGCGUUAUGCCGCUUGAAGAUCCGAUGGCGAUGUCUGGUCUUGAUCCAUCUGCGGGAGGAAUGUACGGUGCUGUUGCGGGCGGAUAUGCGGAUUAUAGUUUGCAGCUUGGAUAUGCUGUUCCGCCGUCGGGGUCUUUGGGUGCACAGGGCCAGGCGCAGGGUUAUCAGGGGAUGCAGCCGUCCCAGCAGCAGCAGCAGCAGCAGCAGCAGCAACAGCAUAUGUACGGUCAAGGCGGCCAGCCUCAGCAGGGGAUGCCUAUGCAGGGCAUUCCUGGUGCGACUGCCGGAUACGACCACGAUGGUAUCUGGCGCGACUUUGUGCAAGGCCUCGGUUUACGCACGGAAUGA